GGUGCGUGCGAUGGAAGAACGUCUCCAAUCUGCUUCAAUUGUCUGGACUCGACGAGGUCUUAAAUUGGGCGAACUGAAUACGAAACAGCGUGGCACACGGGAAAACUUCACGUCGAGAUAACUAUAAUGCGGCUAAAUUUACGACUAGCAUAACCUCCGCUGCAUUUGAUUAGUAGGACAGAUUAGGCCAGACCAAACUGUUUCUUCUGAAGAAUGUCGGUACAACACGGUUUGUUCAAUUAUUGUUUUUGUGGCUGUUAGUAAUAAUAGUACCCUAGUAUUACUAAUAACGGUAUUCAGAUCAUGCAGUCAUUAUUUUACUGUAUUGAUUAUAUUGUUCUUUAAUAACUGGUAUAGCUAUAACCAAGAGGUUGCAGGUUGCCGUCCAAGGAGGGGCGCCGCUGUGGUACAUUUGACCAAGUAGGUGUCCUUAAUCUGGAUUGUUGUAUUGAAAUUUUCAGAUACAUAAAUGCGUACGCUAUGCGGAAAAAAUUAAAUACAGAAGAGCGCUUGGCAGGCAAGCAAAUAACUGUGAUUUUAAAGCGAAACCAACAGGCUUUUAACGCGGGCCAACAAACAUUUAAAGACACACGAAAGAACUAUAGGCCUUGGCUUUGAAAAUGAGCUGCGUAGUAACCCCUGUCAGUUUUAUUGGUGAUGCGAUGAAAAAAAACUGUACGAAAGUGGCCAGUAAAUACUUAGAUCUGGUUCUCCUAAUUUAUUCCGUGUCUCUUUUAUUGAAAGUGAAGGAAAGGGGAGGGGAACCGGGUUUCCUCCUCCUCCUCUGCAGCGAGUCAUCACCCAAAAAGACCACUCAGCCAAUGGAAACCUGCCGCUGGGGACGCACGUAAACUGGACACCUUUAAAACGUAGCUUCUGAGUGUGACACAAGUUCAUUUUUUAGGAAAAGUGUCAUCGGGAGACUUUGGUUACCGGAUGUGUGCGCUUAACCUGAUUUACCCCUGGCUGUCCGCUUUUUUCUCCCAACUGACCAACGGUCUGAACCCUUGUCUGGCGCGGAAUAUUCUUGUCUAAUGUAGUCCUCUCUCUCACGCGCCGUCUGUCCAGGCCACCACAACUAACUACCUUUGAUCUUAUUAAAAUUUCAACAAUCACUGGCUUCUUUAUCAAGUAAAGAUCGUCAUUUCAAUUGACUUUGAUCACCCGUGUAUCUGUCCGUGGUGCUGAAACUCCGUGUCCGUUGAGUGGUGCUGCGCUUGGUGGAUCUGUGGAUCAGAUGUAUUCAGUUAAAAAAAAAAAAUAGUACAGUGUAAUUCGUAAACAACGAGUAGUUAUUUUGGACAGACAUUUUAAACGGGAGUUUUAAAGCUUCGUAAAACCUCGACGGGAUUCAAAGGAUCACUUGUACUUGGCAGCUGAAAAUGUCUACACGUUGUACCGAUUAUUUAAUUUUUGACAAAUUAGCUACUUUAACUCAGCAGUGAUUUGUUUAGGAACUGCUAAAUUAGGUGAUAUUCUUCAAUUUCUGGAAACCUCUGAAACGUCUGCUUUGGAGGAGAAUCAUCUGAAGAACGUGGAGGAAUAUCCUAUAGGCUGCUAUUUCCAACUGUGUCUGGAUUUUCUAACCGGAUUCGGUAAUAUUGUCGGCACUCUCGCUCGAUUCACGCCGCCAAAACAAAUGCUAGUUUAAAACACCAGCCUAAAUAUACAGAACUCCUCAGCGCUGACAAUGGAGGCGUCCACAAACGGGUCCAGUUUUGGGAUUGACUCUUUGCUGUCUCACAGACCUGGAAGUCCUAUUAUUUCGAAAGGGGACAGUUUGGUGGGCGAAUGCAGGUCUCCUCUGGAGUUAAGCCCGCGGUCUGACCUGGAGAGUGGCUGUUCCUCUCCCCCGUCACCACGGCGCGAGUGCGGCGAAGAGUUAGUGCAGAGACAAGGUCAUGCUCUUGGACUCGAGUCUCACCUACAACAUGGACAGAUUUCCGCUGGUUCCCAGCCGCGUACGGUCACUUCGUCUUUCCUCAUCAGGGACAUUUUGGCGGACUGCAAGCCACUUGCCGCCUGCGCCCCAUAUUCCAACAAUGGACAGCCCACACAAGAAGCAGGGCGACUCGUGUCCAAAAUUGACGACUUCAUAGACAAAAUGCACAGCAACUCGUCAUCGGACAGCGAAUACAAAGUGAAAGAGGAGGGUGACAGGGAAAUAUCGAGCAGCAGAGACAGCCCGCCGGUUCGACUCAAGAAGCCCAGAAAAGCACGGACUGCCUUCACCGAUCACCAGUUGGCCCAGCUUGAACGCAGCUUCGAGCGGCAGAAGUAUCUGAGCGUUCAGGACAGGAUGGAGCUGGCGGCGUCGCUCAACCUCACAGACACCCAGGUCAAAACGUGGUACCAGAACAGGAGGACGAAGUGGAAGAGGCAGACCGCAGUUGGACUCGAACUGUUGGCAGAAGCUGGGAAUUAUUCUGCCCUACAAAGAAUGUUUCCUUCUCCCUACUUCUACCCACAAAGUUUAGUGUCGAACCUAGACCCCGGGGCAGCCUUGUAUUUGUACCGCGGACCUUCAGCUCCUCCGCCGCCUCUGCAGCGGCCUCUUGUUCCAAGGAUUCUUCUACACGGUCUACAGGGAGGCAGCGAGCCGCCCCCACCUCUCCACUCCCUCUCCGGAGUGCUCCCGCGAGCCACACAGCAACGGUGAGCCGCCCUCUGCGGAGCCACAGACCGACAGCUCAAAAACAAACAAAUGGGGGCAUGUACACAAAGUGACAGAAAAUAUUAAUAUCUAAAACAAAAAACGAACUUGAACUGGACUUUCUCAAAAAGAACUGUUAAGUCUACCUGUUUAAACAUGGAUAUAAGACCAGUUUAUUUCUCUUUAUAUAUUUAUCUAUUGAAUGAUUUUUCCCUUCAGAGAGACCGGUACAUACAGUAUAACUGGAAAGGAGACAUUUCAUCGUGUUUUUUGUGUCAUAGGUGCGCGGUUCCUAUAGGGUGCAAAUGUCACUCGACCAAAACUCCAACAAACUUGAAAGGUUCAUUUGGAAUGCAGCUUCAGCAAGUUCAGUUUGGUUAGCCUACAGGCCUGGGUGCUGACAAACAGGAUUAGCUUGAUAUGUCUGUAGAAAAAAGAAAAACAAAACCACAUACACAACUGCUGCAGCUGAUAAUAAUAAUAAUAAUAAUAAUAAUAUAUUAUUUGAAUUCUGCUUUUAAUUUAGUCUACUUCCAUAGCGUACAGGGAACAAAA